AUGGGGGGUGGAGCUCUUCGCUCGAAGCUGCUACUGUUGCUGUCAGCAGCUGCUUUUUUUCGGGCUGUUUUGCUGCUGGUUAUGCUUAUUCUGCUACUUAUGCCAUUGCUGCCGCCGCAGCGGCAGUCGCAGCAGCAGCAUCUGCCGUUUCAGCAGCAGCAGCUGCAGCAGAAACAGCUGCAGCAGCCACAGCAAACGCCUUUGUCCACCAACCUAAGUCAGGCUUCAGCUGCACCGGAGCAGCAGCUGCUGCUGCAGCGGCCGCCUCCGGCGCCUGAAGGUCAAGGCAACUUGAUAGCAGCAGCAGAAGCGGCAACAGCUGCAUCAGCAGCACGAAGCAGCCUGCCUAGCGUCAGGUCUGGGGCUUUUCAAGAAGAAAGCUUUGCUGGUGGUACAACGCCAGACGCUACAGCAGCAGAAGCAGCAGCCGGAAAAGCAGCAGCAGCAGCAGAAGCAGCAGCAGCAACAGCAGCAGCAGCAACAGCGGCAGCGCAGCGCGGUGGCAUGUGGCCAUCUCCCCUGCAAUGCGCUUCUGUGGAUGUUUGGUGGAGCACUUUGCUGCACUUUAUUCCCUCGCUGCUGUCUGUGUCUGUCUUUUUACUGCUGGGGGCUUUCGCCUGGCAGCUGCAUGCAGCAGCAACGCUGCGGCGCAGCAGCAGCAAGAUUGGACCUGCUGCUGCGCUUGCUGUAGCAGCUGCGGGCUUCAUUGCCUUCAUUCUUGCUGCGGCCUUCAGCUACAGCCAGGCAUCGCAGCACUUGUUUCAAAGGUUAGCGUGCGUGAUAGUUGGGAGCCUAUACGUGUUUACUUCGUUGCUGCUGCUGCUGUUUGGCGGUCUUGUGCUGCGGGAACUACGGAAGAGAGAUGCGCAGCUGCGGCAGCCCCUGCUACAGCUUCAGGAGCAGCAGCAGCUGCUGCAGCAGCAACUGCAGCAGCAAGAACUUGCUGCUGCUCAGAGCUCCAUAGGGUCGCAACUAGGAGACUACGUGCUGAUGCAAAUCUUGGGCAUACCGUCUAACCAGCAGCAACAGCAACAGCAGCAGCAGCGCAUCAGCAGGAGCAGCAGCAGCAUCCAAUCAGUGCAGAUGCCACUUGCCCCUGCUCCUGCUGUUCUCGGUGCCUUGCCACCCCCUGUCGGCAGCACCAGCCUCGACGAGUUGGGCAGAGAGGCGCGUUUGCGGCUGUUGCUGCUGACUUGCUGCUGCCCGCCGCUGCUGCUGCUGCUGGGCGUGUAUCUGCUGAUGGUGGGGCUAUGGGGCCAACACAUGUACCCUGCUGUUGUUAUGAAGCAUCGGCAGCAGCUAACGUUUGAUUUGCUGCUGCUGUUUGUUGCUGAAUUGCUUCCUUCUCUUAUUGUUUUCAAGGCCUUCACGCCCAGCAGCGGCACCAGCCGCAGCCGCAGCCGCAGCAGCAGCAGCAAAAGCACAAAUGUAGUUUGUCACACACUUUCCUACGACCAGCCUGUGAGCUUCUGGGAUGCUGCGGCAGGCAGCAGCAGCAGCAGUAUGCGGGUGUACCCUCAACUGCAGCAGCAGCAACAGCAGCAGCGGCAGCAGCAACUGCAGCAGCAGCACAGGCAACAAUACAUGCAGCCGCCGCAAAUGGGGGCCCUGCAGAUACUUCAGCAGCACCUGCAACAGCAUGAAGCAGGCACAGAUUCCUCUUGUCUCAGCAGCAGCUGUGGCCACCAGCGCAGCAACGGCAGCGGGGAGGAGGCCAGCAGCAGCAGCCCUAGCAGCAGCAGCCGCAAUACCAACAGCAAUCCCACCUGCAGCAGCGAAAUGUCGAGCUUCUACGGCGCAGUCCAAAACACAGAAAGAGACUCUUUCUCCUAA